AAUAAGAUGGAGGAGAGACAGAAGAUUCAAGAGAUCCGUUGACCUUGGAGCUUAUUUUAUAAACCUGGAACCAGAUCCAAAAGAACCUGUAAUGGAAGCUUAUUGAAUUACCACCAUGAUAUGUUAGUGUGAUAUUUUCAUGUCAAAAAUACAAUCAGACUCCUGUCGCAGUUACACUAAAGCACGUGCAAGUCUUUCAUCCCUGGUACAAGAGUAACAGCCAAACUAAACAGCCAUCUUACCCUUUGUUCUCAGCACCAGGCAUGUUGAUACCAUCCUCUUAUUCUUCUACUUGAGGCUUUUUCAUGGAAGAGUUCCCCACAUCAAAGCCAGUGGUACUUUCUAGACUUAUGUGUAGCAUGGGGGCCACAGCUAGUUGAGGGUUGAGGGUGCAUAAACACUAAAGCCCCAAGGCCAGGAGCUCAUAAAAACACGUUACCUUGGAGUCUCUCAUUCUGAUGGUGUUUCAGGUGUGUUUGUACUGUUAUUAUGAGUAACAUCCUACAAAACAAAUCCAGGGUAACCGUAAAAGGGCAGCAUGGAGAGAGAGAGGCUGUGUGAGGCGGAGGAGUGUUACCCUGAGACCUUUGUGUCUUCCAUCCUGUGUCAGGCAGUUAAGGCAGGGAUUAACCUCAUGGGCUGCAUGCGCUGUCCACUUAAUGGCAGGGAUGAGGCAGCUUAACACUGACGCACAUAUACACAGUGGCACACAAAAUAUUUAACAGCCAAGCAAAUAGGCAGGCAAAUGCUCACCAACUCAUACACGUGUUUGCAUACAAACUCACAGAGGCCAGCUUGUUCUUUCAUGCCAGUGAGAACCUCGGCCCUCUAUCAAGAUGACGGUCAGGCACCAGAACAGACGUUUGAUUUCAGCAGCAAAAUGCAUCCAAGAAACCUUCAGCCCUUAUGAAUGGGGAAUAGAAAGCACACAGAGUGGAAAACUGUCCGUGAAAGUCAGCCUUUUCGAUGCCUGAUAAUCAAACACUCCCCUUGGCACUGACGCCCGCUCUGCUCCAGGAGCCCUCGCUCUUUCUUUCAUCCCAUCCAGCCACCCACCCAGAAAAAAAAACGCCCCACUGCUUUCACCGCCACAGUGUCACGCUCUCCGAAGUCACCGCAUGACACUAAUGCCGGCAUCCUCACGCACAGGUAGGAAAACACAACAGAGAGAGAAAAAAACUGAAUCACAUACAGGAUUGUUUGGCAAUUAAUCUUUUAAAUGACCUCAAUCACUUAGUUAAACACAGUGGUGCUGAAAGGGAAGGGUGAUGCAGGGUUAGGGGCCUGGCAGAAAUUGUAGACCACCUCUUUCUCCUCCCUCCUCCUCCCCCUCUUUCUUCUGUACCUCCAACCCCCUCUGUGACCGCCGCUGUGCUGCCUUACCCACACUUGUUUGGCGAGGCUGUUUGCUCAAAUAGCCACAAGCCCCACCUCCCUCGCCCCCACCGCCUGCUUCAACGCAGCGUCCACACUUGCUGCCACCAACCCAGCAGCUUUUAUUUAGUGUUCUACCAUGCUAGCAGUGAUGUGGUCAGGUUUGGGCCACUCUGCCAGUCUGGAGGCUCUUCCAUUGCGGCCUCCAGACACAGGGCCCAUAUUGACCAAGGUGGCCAGCUAAUGGUCAUCGCGGGCAGCCUGGCCUGAAUCAAAGGCUUCAUUUACUGCCAGAGCGUGGGAGGAGGAGUAGUGGCAGAGGUGGCAAAUAUGUGCUUCAUCCCUUGCCGUUAGUUUUGGAAGGCAGUGCAGAUAAAACCCAUAUUAAAAAUCAAUUUAUGCACUAAUAUUCAGUAGACCCACCGCAAAAACUGGGAGCCCUCAGUGAACCCAUAGAAUGGCUUCUCACCCACCUCCCCCUCCUACCCCCGCUUUCCCUCUGGAUAAGUAAAUUGCAAGGCUUAUGGUUGAAUCAUGAAACACUGAGUGGUGCUGUGAAGAAGUGUGCCGGUGGAAAAGUUGUGAACACAAGCGUAGGUAAAGUUUUUUUGACAGGCCUGCAGGUCUUAUCGUUCCACACCUCAAGUCAAACCCGUAAAAUUCAGGGAUCCUGAAUAUGAGGAAGACAACAUUUCAAAAUGAUGUCACAGACUUUGGGGGACUUCUUUUCAUGUCCCCAGUUAAAACACAAACCUACCCAGCAGGUUGUUUUACUGUGUAAAGAUCCAUAAUCUGCUUGCUGGGUUUUCCUCCCACAGAAUUGCCACGUGACAGUUUGAUGGACAGGACUGCUAUACAAACAUGGUGUUACCAGCAGCUGUAAAGGCCUCGCUAAAACACUUAGCUGCUUCUGUAAGUCAGUGCUGGUGUCUAUGCUUGUAUUUUUCACACAUCAAUCACUGUCCUUAUCUGACGAGCGUAACAUGGAGGCUGAGAGGAGCAGACUGGGCUAAAACAACAAAAAUAUUUAUAUCAUAUAUAAUAUAAUACAUUUUGCUCCAAAGACACACAGCUACACACAUAUCGAUUUCAACACGUCAUUAAAUCUUGUAUUGUCUACUAACUUUUUUUAAACUGGCCAGUGGUGGUUUUGGGUCAUUUCAGUUCUUUCUACAAGAAAAAGUUGGUUCAAAUCUUCUUGGAUCACACAUGCAUGAGCCUUGUUUUUAAUCACAUACGUAUGUUAAAACAAGCUUGAUUUCCUACAGACUUGAAAAUUGUGGUUGUCAGGCAUGCUAAUUCAUGAAACAUCUCUUCCCUACACAGGAUGUAACAAAUGGAGGAUUAGUGCCAGGAUCAGACAAUACAAUAUAUUUGUUUUUUGACAUGGUCGCAUGUCAGAUUAGAGAAAUAAAUUCUUGCAGUGCUUUGGUCGAGAGACAUGGCAGACACGUUGGAGCCCGACCAAUCAUCUUUCACAACUUGCGUGUCAUAGGUGAUCUGAAAGAAGGUGCCAGCUGACAGAACCAACAACAUCACUAGCCUUUCGCUUCACCACUUCUAAGAUGGAAACUCAAAAGAAGGCAAAAAAAAAGUUGGACACGCUAGUCUUUUUGUUGAGAUGUCGUGAGGCGUCCCAGAUGCUGUCGGUCAAAGCUCUCAACACGUAUCACGUUUCUCCAGCCCACGGCUGACACCCCGACUGAGCAGGAAGAGGGCGCUGUCUAUCUCCCCGCUGUCAGAUGCCAGCAUUGACCUGCAGACCAUGAUCCGCACCUCACCCAACUCCCUGGUGGCCUACAUCAACAACUCCCGCUCCAGCUCGGCCGCCAGCAGCUCCUAUGGGCACCUUUCAGUCGGCGGGAUCAGCCCCUCCUUCAGCUUCCCUCAUCCCAUCAACCCAGUGGCAUACCAGCAGCUGUUGUCCCAGCAGAGGGGUCUCAAUGCCUUCGGCCACACACCUCCUCUCAUUCAACCAUCGCCGUCCUCUUUCUCUGCUCGCCCACACCCCCUCACUGCUUCACCUAUGUCCACCUCCCACAACAGCUCCAACUCUGAGGCAAACCAGAACGCCAGUGGAGACCCAGCAGUGAGUAGCACAGUCAACCCGCUGACCACCAAGAGGUCAAAGGUUAAGAUGGAAGCAGAGGGUCCACUGCCAAUCUCACCAUCCUCUCAGGACCAUGGUGGGGGGAUCUUGGACCUGAGUGAGGAUCUGGAUAAAGACGAGUGCAAACAAGAGCCCGAGGCCAUAUAUGAGACCAACUGCCACUGGGAGGGCUGUACCAAGGAGUAUGACACCCAGGACCAACUUGUUCAUCACAUCAACAACGACCACAUCCACGGUGAGAAGAAGGAGUUUGUGUGCCGCUGGCAGGAAUGUUCACGGGAGCAGAAGCCCUUCAAGGCUCAGUACAUGCUGGUGGUCCACAUGAGACGUCACACAGGGGAAAAGCCGCAUAAAUGCACAUUUGAGGGCUGUUCAAAAGCUUACUCUCGCCUGGAGAACCUCAAGACCCACCUCAGGUCCCACACCGGGGAGAAGCCGUACGUGUGUGAACAUGAAGGCUGCAACAAGGCCUUCUCCAACGCCUCAGACCGGGCCAAGCACCAGAACCGCACACACUCUAACGAGAAACCAUAUGUGUGUAAGAUCCCAGGCUGUACCAAGCGCUACACGGACCCCAGCUCUCUCAGGAAGCAUGUUAAGACAGUCCACGGACCCGAAGCCCACGUCACCAAGAAACAACGAAGCGACGCACCGCCGAGACUGCAGCCACCCAAAGGCAACGGGGAGAAUGAGGCGAAUUCUAAGCUUGGUGCAAGAGGCGUGGACGGCAAGAUUGAGGCCAUUAGCACCUCAAGAGGAGUGGAAGACUGCCUGCAAGUCAAAUCUAUCAAGACUGAGAACUCUAUGACAUAUCAGUCCAGUCCUGGCGGCCACUCGUCAUGUAGCAGUGAGCCGUCGCCUCUAAGCAGCGCCAACAACAAUGACAGUGGGGUGGAGAUGGCCAUGCACAGUGGGGGCAGCUUCGGGGACCUAAGUGCACAGGAUGAGUGCCCCAUGGUUGACUCCACUGUUCCCGCUGGGGGACAGCAGGCUGGGAUGGGGCUUCAGUUGAGGAAAGCCGUGGGUCAUGGUGGCGUGGUCACCAUCAAGCUGGAGAACAUCAAGAAGGAAAGGCUGAAGACAGUGAGGGACUCCUGCCCCUGGGUUAACGCUGCACCACAGCCACUGCAGGGCCAACACAACAGCAUGAAGCUGCCUCCCAUACCUGCAGUCGGUUCCCUGCUUGAGAGCUCCAACGUGAUGAGUAACUUGAGCGGUUUGUAUCCUGGCCAACGCAUAGGUGACCUGUCUUCAUGUGAAGUAACACUGCUGAACCAGCUGAAUGAGCGCCGUGACAGCACCACCAGCACCAUCAGCUCAGCUUACACCUUGAGUCGGCGCUCCUCCGGUAUUUCACCCUGCUAUUCCAGCCGCCGCUCCAGUGAGGCAUCCCAGUUUGGUGCUAACCGCCACAACAAUAUCAGUUCAGCUGACUCCUAUGACCCAAUCUCCACUGAUCUGUCUCGCCGCUCCAGCGAGGCCAGCCACUGUGGAGGUGGUGGUGUCAGUGGAGGAGGAGGUCUCCCUAGCCUCCUUAGUCUGACACCAGCUCAGCAUUAUCGGCUCAAGGCAAAGUACGCUGCUGCCAUUGGUGGAGCUCCACCUACUCCUCUCCCCAAUAUGGAUCGAAUGAGCCUGAGGACCCGCAUGGCACUCUUCAGUGACUCCCAGGAAGUCUCGUCGCACCCAUUCCAUCAGCCACCCUCUGGAACUGUGCCUCGGCGAUGCAGUGAUAUUGGAUACGGCACACAGAGCAUGAUGCCCCAUGAGGUACCCACCAACCUUCCACGCCGUGCCAGUGACCCAGUGCGUCGUCCCACACUGGACCCUCUCUCCUUUCCAAGGGUCCAGCGCUAUAACAGCAUGAACAGCAUGAACCCCAUGAAUGGUCCAUCAGCUGAACGCCACCAGGCACUGGCUUUGCAGGGUUACACUCGCUCUGAUGGCAGCCUGCAACGCUACCCAUUCGCCCCCAGACCACCUAGCAUUUCUGAGAAUGUAGCCAUGGAGAACAUGGCAGUAGAUGGGAUGAUGAUUGGGGGGGAGCAGAAUGGGGAGGAUGAUAUGGUGCUUCCAGAUGAUGUGGUGCAGUACCUCAGGUCCCAGAAUUCUGGCCCCUCAGGUCACAACUCGGGGCGAGUGGACUACCAUUCCAACAAUCAGACUCAGGGCUACCAGACAGGCAUGGCCCCACCAGCAUCAUUUUAUGCACAGAGGAGGAUGGCCAUGGUGGAUGCCACCAUGACUCAGUCUGGUCAGGACAUGCAAUCCUGCCAUAUGGGUCCAGGUGGCUCCCAGCAGUCCUUCUCAGCACCAUCGGACAACAUGAACAAGAAUAACAUGCCGGUGCAAUGGAACGAGGUGAGCUCAGGGACUGUGGACACCACAACUAAGCUCUCCAAACAGCAGCAUCCUUUUAGGGGGAACCUAGCUGUUGUUCAGCAGAGGCACAAUUUUGGUUCCUUCCCGGGACAAGGACAGGGCCUGGGCAGCAACCAGCAGGUAGUUCCUAUGAGUCAGAAUAUGUCUAUGCAGGGGUAUGUGAACCACAACAGCCAGAAGCUGAUGAACAUCUCUCACCAGCAGCAUCAGCAACAGAGGCAAUGCAACAAUUUGAACGUUAGUGAGCAAAUGAGUCCUCAGCAAGGGUUUGGCCAAGAGGCAAUCCCAAAUUCUAUAUCUGGGAGCACUAGCGUGAGACCUACCCGGAACAGUAUGGCAGAUCCAGAGCUGCAAAGUUACGGAGCAAGGACACAGGCUGAUGGGUACUCUCAUGUGAACCAAGUGGAUCAGCAGCAAAAUUACAGUGUUCUCUCCCAGCACAAUAUCCAUAAUGGAGGCCGAGGAAUGUUACAACCCAGGCCUCCCACAGAGCCCAAGUCUAUUGCAAGACAGCACACAGGGUCUAGCUUGAUGCAACCGAGCCGAAUACCCAAGUCAUCUGAUUUGAGCCCCAGUCGUGGUACUGACACCUCAGAAGCAAGCCCAAAGAGGCCCAGUGGGUCAGCAGCCCAUAACAGCAACUCUGAAAAUCCGAACUCUGCUGUUUGCUACACAGGUCAGAUUCAAAUGUUUGAGCCAACUUCUGUCAGCUUUGAUGCCCCCAUGUCCCCCUGUGCCAGCCAGGCUCCUGCCAGCAACACCACUGCUGCAGCCAGCAUGGCCUCACCAGGAGUCAACCAGGUCUCCAGCAGUACGGUAGAUUCUUCCACUGGUGGAUCUGGUGGCACAGAGCAUGCCCAGAUCGACUUUGACACCAUGCUAGAUGAUGGGGACCACUCCAGUCUAAUGUCAGGCACCCUGAGUCCUGGCCUUCUGCAGAGCCUCUCCCAGAAUUCCUCACGUCUCACCACCCCCCGCAACUCUGUCACCCUCGCGUCUGUACCGGCAGGGAUUGGCAACAUGGCCAUCGGUGACAUGAACUCUAUGCUCACAGCCUUGGCUGAAGAAAGCAAGUUCCUUAACAUGAUAAGCUGAGAGCAAUCAAACACCUCAUCAUCCAUCCAGUCUUAACCAUUUCUACAUCAGGAAUAUAUGGACUACACAAGAAGGCACUGAUUGAACAAUGCAAAACUGGCUAUUUCAUAAUUUUUUCCUCAUUGUCCAUAGUAAUAUGCUUAUCUUGUAAUAUUUGCUUCAGAUUAUAUGUUACAUUAAACAUUUAAUAGUAAGUAUAGCUAGGGUUAAAGACAAUUUUCUGUCAUUAUUUGUUAAAAAGCCAUACAUUUUACUUACAAAUAUAUGAUAACCCAGGGUAUAUAAAUGUAUCUUCAAACAAUUGCCAUUCAGUAUUUGCUGGUGUAAUAGCCCUUUACAAAGUGGUGCACUGAAAGCACUUCACAGAGUACCUUGCUGAGGACAUCAAGGUUGUGCAUCUAAGUAAGACAUGGAAACGCUGUUUCCAGGAAAUGGACAUGAUAUGUAGAUAACAGAUAAUAUUUUCUCAUGAAGACCUUUAUGUGUAUAAAUUAUACUGUAUGGUACUUGCUUUAAGUUAUGCUAUAGACUUUUGAUGUUUAAACUAGGGCUGUCAAAGGUACAGUAACAUGUACUAUUAAUUCAAAAAGGAUAAUUUGUGACAUUUUUGUUUUCUGCUUUGUUUUUUGCUUUGUGCUACAUGUGAAUUUCAUAAAAUCUUCUCACAAGGCUAAGCUAUAGUUUGCUGCACUUUGUUUAUGUGUUAAAUACAAUAUGCAAGAUAAGUGAAGAGACUAGCAGUGCUAACCUGGAAUACACACUGUAAAAAUGAAAAACCACAUGGCUCAGAAGGACAGACAGCAAUGUAUGUAAAAAAUUUUCAGGCAAAUUAUCCCAGAAGUAUAGUGUCUUUAGCGUUUCACUUCACUGCCAAACAUGCAGGUGCUUAAAGCACUGAGGUUAAUGAACACAGUCUGAGCCCAACAACAAACCAGAAAUUGAUACAUACCUAUUGUGAAAAAAUAAUUAACUGCUAUUGCAGUUUAUACAGUAUAUGCACUUAAUUCAACUAUCUUGCAGCAUAAGGAAUAAGCAAAGAAGUGCUAUUGUAGCAACCUGUCUUGUGUACAACUUUGUAUUGCUGGGUUUCAAUGACACCUAGAUACUGAAAUAAAGGUUCAUUGUGAUUGUGAGAAAAUUUUGCUUAUGUUAAACAUAGUGAAAGUGUUUUCCCAAAAUUCAAUGUGCAAAUAAUACUGUUUAACCAGAAAAUAGUGACUAAUUGCAAUUUACAAAAUUAAGAAUUUGACAGCCCUAGUUUAAACACAUGGUUGUACAACAUUAUGAUCCGCAGAUAUUAAGUGCGUUUUGAUCAUGGUCUGAGCUAUUGGGGAUGGCACUGUAAAAUCUGAUUUCCUUCUUUGCCCUCAGGAUCAGAGGCAUUAACUCCCCAUGGUCCCAUCUCACAAGGGUAAAUGAUUGAAAAAGACAAGGAUAUGCCUCUGUGUUAGUCUAUCAUGGCACAUGAACCCCUGUGUUUGAUGAGGAGCAUUCUCUAAAAGAAUAUACAAGUACCUCUGUGUGUUCUCAGCAGACAUCCAGUCCUAAUUAACACAUUCAUACCACCCCCCUUCGCUGCACCCCCUGCUUCCCCUGGGCUCUGAAUGAACUGCAGAGAGUCCAGGAAGGGACACAGACUUUGAUAAUGAAAUCCUGUUUCGGACAGGAUUGCUGAACUAGCCCUGCAAAUUUCUCAGUUUUAUUAUGUUUGCUGAAUUUCUAAGUAGCCUUUAAAAUGUUUGUGUGUAUGCUACCAUUCACUUUUACUAUGCUCAGUGUGUGUGGGUUUGUGUGAGUGUGUGUAUAUAGCUUUUGUACAUUUCAAAUAAACUAUCUCCUUUUUUUCUG